ACUCCAACAUCUUGUCUUCAUCCUUGUGGGUCAUGUGAUGGCUCUGUCAGCUGCAUCAUGUGCCCCUCAGACAACAUACAUUUCAUCUGCAAUCUAAUGAAUUUACAAUGAAUUACACAAUCAUACAACAACCGUGUGGGUCGCCCUGGGCUGGGAACAAAUAAUGGGCAUUGACAUAUUUUUGGACAAGCAGCACAUUCCAAAUACUUCCAGAUCAUAGAGGAUAGACUGCGGAUAACUAGGUAACCCUUCAUUUGAAAAAGGCCUUUAUCACAGUGUAAUUACAGUGUAACAGGUAUUGUAGUUAACUGUAACAGCUCAUAGUUACAGUGUAACAGGUAUUGUAGUUAACUGUAACAGCUCAUAGUUACAGUGUAACAGGUAUUGUAGUUAACUGUAAGAGCUCAUAGUUACAGUGUAACAGGUAUUGUAGUUAACUGUAACAGCUCAUAGUUACAGUGUAACAGGUAUUGUAGUUAACUGUAACUGCUCAUAGUUACAGUGUAACAGGUAUUGUAGUUAACUGUAACUGCUCAUAGUUACAGUGUAACAGGUAUUGUAGUUAACUGUAACAGCUCAUAGUUACAGUGUAACAGGUAUUGUAGUUAACUGUAACUGCUCAUAGUUACAGUGUAACAGGUAUUGUAGUUAACUGUAACAGCUCAUAGUUACAGUGUAACAGGUAUUGUAGUUAACUGUAACUGCUCAUAGUUACAGUGUAACAGGUAUUGUAGUUAACUGUAACUGCUCAUAGUUACAGUGUAACAGGUAUUGUAGUUAACUGUAACUGCUCAUAGUUACAGUGUAACAGGUAUUGUAGUUAACUGUAACAGCUCAUAGUUACAGUGUAACAGGUAUUGUAGUUAACUGUAACAGCUCAUAGUUACAGUGUAACAGGUAUUGUAGUUAACUGUAACAGCUCAUAGUUACAGUGUAACAGGUAUUGUAGUUAACUGUAACAGCUCAUAGUUACAGUGUAACAACAUGUAACUGGUAGUAAUUGAGGUCUGUAAUUACAAAGGUGUAACAAUGAAUCCUUGUUGCCACGCUUGUUACAAAUGGGCAGGUGCACAUUCAUGAAUAAGUGAUGAGAGGCUGUUGAGCACCAUCUCUACCACACCCAUCACAUCCACGAGGGCCUAUUGGUUGUUAAAUACAAUACUUGUUACAAUACUUGUUAAAUACAAUACUUGUUACACAUGUAAUUACACUCUAAUAUGGGCACUUAAAAUGAAGUUUUACCUAUACCUGUUUUGUAAUGAUUGUAAUGAUAGGCUAUGCAAAUAUGUGAAUUCUUUGCAUAUUUCCUUCGUGACAACACGGACAUCCUGAAUUCGUGGUGAUCCUCCUGACAAAGGUCUGUUUAUUCACGUUUCUGUGUGUAGUUCAACUGGGCAUUCCAAAGAGUAGGCUACUAGCAGCAAACUAAGCAGCGAGCACAGCUCUUCUUGCACCAGCCAGCUACAAUACCCAUCAUACCUUGCGACGGGCACGUCACCAGUACGUCUAGUGUUGUGUUGUUCCUCAUGUGUGAUAGCGGUAUCAAAGAUCCUGGAAACGAACGCUUCUUCUUCCGUCUGUGGUGGAAUUGGGUGGGAUCCGCAGGAGGAACGCAGACCGAGGUGGAUUCAUUGAAGAUGGCAGACGAGGAGGACUCGGGGCCGGAGGCAGAGCCGGCUCCUUACUCUCCCGCGGAAACCCCUAGUUCCGCCCGGCCUCACUACGUCUCGUUCUCCGAGAGCGUCCAGCCAGCGGUGGGCAUGAUGAGCCAGCUACUCAGCCAGCCUUCCUCCCUCAAAUUCGAUAAGAACAUCAAACAGGCCUUCUACAACACAGGAGCGAUGAUUUUCGUGGCUAUCUGUUGUGGAGCGGCUGUGCUAGUCUUCUUUAUCCUGGAAGCCUUUCUGAGACCACUGCUCUGGGCCGUUCUCUGCGGGACCUUCCUCCACCCAUUCAAACACUCCCUAGCCCGGCUGGGACGCUCCUGGCUCAACGGCCUGCAGGACACCGGGACGCCGAUACUCCUGGGGACGCUGCUAGUCCCGGUGUGGUGUUUCAACCACGGUGUGGAUUUCCUGGGGGGUCUGGUGCUGGAGAGGCUUACGGUGCUGCUGGUGAUCGGGGCGGGCGCGCCACUCAUCUACUUCUUUUACCUGUUCUGGAGCGUCAUUGGCAUGCAGGUGAUCAUCGGGCACGUGUGUGACGUCAUCGGGAGCGCGCUGGACUGCUUCCACUAUGUGUGGGUGAUGACAGUGGUGUUGGGGUAUGUGCUGGCUGUAGCCUGCAAAUGGAGCCCCGGUACAGAGAGAUACCUGAGAACCAUGUCUGUACCUGUCUGGACCAUACUACUCUUCUACCUGGUGUCUCUGACUGGCUCGUGGAGAGUUCCUGUGUUUGUAAUCGUGGUCACGCUCCUCAUCGUGGGCUCUCAAGAGAAACCACCUGUCCCUGGCAACUCGGGUGAGCUGUCAGGACAGGUGUUGUCGUUCGCUGCUAACACCAUCUACAUGGCCAUCUCCUGCAGUAACCUCCACUUGGGCCCCGAGAGAGAUACCAGCAGUGUCUCCGCAGAUGGGGUGGACUCUGUGGGCCCUGGCCCUUCCGGUCCCCCCUCUGUCUUCCCGUUCCCCCGUCAGGCCCGUCCUGAGCUGGGGAGUCUCUUCCAGAAGGAGAAGGGGUCCCAAAGAGCCAGUGAUAUCUACUUUGUCCUGCUGGCCUGGGCUUUUGUACUGGUCCAAGUCUGGCUCAAUCUCUGGAUGCUACAACUACUGCCUAUCCCAGUGGCUGUGUGGGUGUUGAAGAAGCUGGUGGUACAUUUUGGUCUGAAGCGAUUCGCUGAGAAGACUCUGUCGUCAUGGUGGGUAGGACUGGAGAAGUUUGGCCGUGAGCGACAGGACGCCAUCAUGCCUGGACCAAUCAAAGGACUCGUUCAGUUCCUGCUACGCGUUGACACCAAGCUCUGGCAUUGGCUUAACAAGCAGAUGGUCAUAUGGUUAGAGCGCUCCCUGGAUAAACUCAUCAGUAUCUUCAUCAUCUUCCUGCUGGUGACAGGAACUCUGCUCAUGGGUCUCCUGCUCACUGCUAUGGUUCAUCAUGAGAGUGUUCAUAUCAUAGAGGUCACCAGUAACCUUAUCAACGAGACUGUGUCCAGCCAUCCAGAAUGGGCCAAUUGGCUCCCUGAGGCACAGGUCAUCCAGAAAGCUAUGAACUCAGCUGCCACUAACGUCUACCAGCACGGUCGAGAAUGGAUAACAUUCAAGCUCCAUAAGAUGCUUGGUGAAAAGGGGAACCACACAGCUGUCAUAGAGAAGCAGGUUCUGGAACUGUGGGACAGACUGUACCACUCCUGGUUUGUCAAGAAUGUAACCCAUACAGGAGGGCGUAACCGUAGUGGUGGUCAGAAGCUUGUCCAGAGACAGAACAGCUGGCUGGGAGAGAUCUUAGACUGGCAGGACAUCGCCUCCUUCGCUCAGGAGAACAUAGAAACACUGCUCUCUAUAGUGGAGUCUCUGUGGGUGGUGAUGAGUCGGAACGUUGGGCUGCUGAUCUCCACAACGACCACACUCCUCACUGUCCUCUUCCACAGCGGCACAGCUCUACUCAACUUCGCCCUCAGCCUGGUGAUAUUCCUGACCACGUUGUUCUACCUGCUGAGUUCCAGUGGAGAGUACUACGAGCCUGUCAAAUGGGUGAUCAGCCUCACUCCUCUGUCCCAGCCCGGACCAUCCUCUAACAUCAUAGGACAGUCUGUAGAGGAGGCCAUCAGAGGGGUGUUUGAUGCCUCUCUGAAGAUGGCAGGGUUCUAUGGUCUCUACACCUGGCUGACACACACCAUCUUCGGCAUCCACAUCGUCUUCAUCCCCUCUGCCCUGGCAGCUAUCCUGGGUGCAGUGCCGUUCCUGGGGACGUACUGGGCCGCGCUGCCCGCUGUGUGUGACCUGUGGCUGGCCCAGGGAGAGGGGGUCAAAGCCUUGUUACUGCUACUCUUCCAUCUGCUGCCCACCUACUUCGUAGACACAGCCAUCUACUCCGAUAUAUCAGGUGGUGGCCACCCGUAUCUGACUGGUCUAGCAGUGGCAGGAGGAGCAUACUAUCUGGGUCUGGAGGGGGCGAUCAUCGGUCCUAUCCUGCUCUGUAUCCUGGUCGUAGCCUCCAACAUCUACAGUGCCAUGCUGAUGAGCCCCAACUCUGCCCAGCCCACCCCUGUACAGUCUACCUGGCCACAACACCCUGCCAGGUCCUUCAUGGACACCACUCCCUCGGUGCUGAAGAGGGUGAGCGAGUGAGAGGUGGAGUGUCUCCUGGUUUCUCAUUGGCUGGGUGCCUGUCCCUUGGCUUCUUAUAGGCUGAUUACCUGGGAGAAGCACCCUUUCCUCCCUUGUGCUCCUCCAAAGCUCUACGGGAUCUCCCAGGCGGAGUGGCUGGGUGUGAGGGGAGGUUACCCACGAUGCCAUCAGCCUGAUGAAGCUACUUUUCAGACCAUGGAGUCGAGACCCUCCCCUCCCCCAACACAUAUGAGACCAUAGAAAAGAUUUACAUUACAAAUCAAAUAAAUGGUCCACAAUAUGUAUACUGGGUGGGCACACCAUAUUUAAUACAGAAUGUUUAAUCAUCUCGCUGAAUGCGGUGCCUCUUUCAGUGUUCCACACAUUCAGCAAUGGGAAAGUUUAUUGUGCCGCAAUAAGGGAUGGGACAUGUGGAUUGUAGAACAUGGGUCUGUUCUAUCCAUUCUAUGUACACAUAUAAGACCCCCCAGUACCAAAUCUACAGACCUGCCUAAGGUGGGAUGUAUCUUACCCCCCCCCCCCCCCAAUCCUUUCUGCCCCCUCUACCUGGCACUUUUGUGAAGGUUAAAGUUCAGAAUGGGUCACACGUUGUACGCUGCAAUGGAGCACUGAGUCAAUGAACUAACCCUGGUCCUGGAGAGCUACUGGAUGGGCAGGGUUUAGUUCCAGCCCAGCAUUAACACAUCUGAUUCCAGUAAUGAAGGAUUUAAUAAGGGAACUAAAGCCUGUACACACUAGUGCCCUCCAGAUGCCACCAAUAUUAACACUUAGCGCUUUUGGUUUUUAUCAUCUUUACUGUUAUCAUUAAUAUAAUACUGUUUUAUUAUCUCUAUGGUUACAUGUUGUAUGAUGCAUUGUCAUGCUUGGGAGUUCUGUUGGCGUGGCGAUGAGUACUGUAUGCAGGCACUUCCUGUGCUGAGAGGUGGAACUUCCUGUGUUGAUGUUUUUACAUUUAAAAACAGAUUAGUUUUCAGCUCAAGUUUAUGUUUUUCUCUCUAACACACGCGCACACACACACACACACACACACACACACACACACACACACACACACACACACAGAGGUUGAUGUCAGUGCUGCUGUAAGGUGAAUGUAAUCUAAAGGGUUGUAGUUGUUACAUGUCACGGUAAUACAGUAGUGGGUCCUGGCCUGUACUAACUACAUCCUAUUAUAAUCUAUCACAUACAUACCCCAGAUUACACACACACACACACACACACACACACACACACACACACACUCACUCCACAUUAAUGGGAGAAGGAUGAACUUUCACAUUAUAAAUGUAACUGUUUACACCAAGUGAACGAUGUACAGGUAUGUAUUCUGAUUGAGGACUCUGUAUGUGAAGCACGACAUCAUCUUAUGUGGCCAAAGCGUUAGCUGUCUGAGGUUGGGAGGACUGGUUAUUUAUCCUGAGACGGUUGGCUCACUUCCCUCACCUCACACUGACGUCACCUGACCCUGGAACAUACCGUUGCUGUGUUUUCUACUGGAAAUGCACUGAGACAAUAAACAUGACUGUUUGAACUAA